CAAUUUCUAUAACUUAGUCCACACACUCUCACCAAACCAAACACAUGAUCCAUUAUUUUUUUGAUUAACUUGUCUUUUAUCAUUUUCCUCACUCAACCACUCAAAUCCACACAUGAAAAGAGAGAGACGCAAGAAAAUGACCACUUUCUUGCAUGUCUGUCUGUAAAACAAUAUAAACAAAUCCAUCCAGCAACUCUACCUAGCUAACUGCUUCUAGCUCAUUCCUUGGUCAAAGUUGAGUGCAAUUAUUCAAGCAACUUUGUGCUCCUCAAGAAAACCACUCACCUUCUUUCCCUGAAAGAAAGGAAGUUUUAUUAAUGCCACCAUUCUCCGUUACACUUCACAUUCUCUUUAAUUAGAAUAUGAUGCAAACAAAACCUUAUCACUUCCCAUGACAACUUGAUCAUCAAACCUUCACUCUUUACAUCCCAUCAAUGGAUGGGCUUCUAAAGUCCCAAAUUCCUCUUAAUGAUCGUUCCCUCAUUGCUCUCUUCAAAUCAUCACCUUCUUCUUCGUCCUUGUCUUCUUCUUCGACCGUCAAAGAAGUCCUUCAUUCCUCGUCCCUGGUUCAAACCAGGUACGAGGUUUCUAACGAUGUAGCAGACUUGAGUUCGGAACAAAAACAAAAAUGUUCUCACAUAAUAGAAAAUGGAGCAAUUCAAGGUGUGAGGUUCAUCAAUGGCAUUGUUGGUCAGAGUGGAAUGGAGUGGAAGGAUGUGGAGAACCGGUUCGACCAACUUGGUCGAACCGGUUCUGGAGCCGAACCGGUUGUGGCAUGGUCCGAAUUUGGCUCCUGCGUUGGGAUGCAGUCAUCACCCGAGUUUGCCAAUGAAUUGCUAAGAGCGUUGAGAGGAGGCAAGCAUUGGAAAUCCAAUAUCACCAAAACUGAUUUGUACAAUCUUUGGUUUCGGAUGAAGGACAAUUCUUUUAACUCGAGAUUGCGAAUCUUCUUUGACAUGUGUAACAGAAACAAGGACGGAAGAGUCACCGAAACAGAUAUAAAACAGACAAUUUUAUUAACCGCUUCUACAAAUAAGCUAUCCGUGACACAUGAUGAAGCAGAGGACUAUGCCUCUUUGAUCAUGGAAUCUCUCGACAAGAAAAAGAAAGGCUACAUUGAGACAUCUCAAAUGGGGUCUCUAUUCAAGGCAAGUCUAUCAAAGGCACAUUCUCCAAUGAAACAAGUAGCAGCAACAGGAAGCAGCAUACAGAAUGUUCACAAGACUAAUGGUGGUGACUUUUGUGAUGAAGAAGAAGAACCAAUGUCAUGGACGGAAGUGUUGUUCAGAACGUACUGGAGACGUUGUUGGGUUGUUCUACUUUGGGUGCUUGCAUGUUUGGGGUUAUUUGUGUGGAAAUUUGUCCAGUAUAGCCAUAGAUCAGGGUUUGAAGUCAUGGGUUAUUGCCUUCCCACUGCUAAAGGUGCAGCUGAGACGUUAAAACUCAACAUGGCUCUCGUUCUUCUUCCGGUUUGUAGAAACACAAUCACGUGGCUCCGCAAACACCGUCCCAUCAACUCUGUCAUUCCAUUCAAUGACAACAUUAACUUCCACAAGUUGAUUGCAGGAGGAAUAGUGGUGGGAGUGAUAUUGCACGGUGGGACGCACCUGGCGUGUGAUUUUCCGAGAAUUAGUGAGUCAGACAGAUCGAUAUUCCGGCAAACGAUUGCGGCGGGGUUCGGUUACCACCGGCCGACGUACGUGGAAUUAUUGGCCACGACGGAGGUGACGAGUGGGAUAGGCAUGGUGGUGUUAAUGGGCGUCGCAUUUCCGCUGGCGACGAAGUGGCCAAGGCGUCGGUCACCGGUGCUGCCGGUGUCCCUCCGACGUGUCACCGGAUACAACACCUUUUGGUAUUCCCACCAUUUGUUUGUCCUCGUCUAUGCCUUGCUCAUCAUUCACUCCAUGUUCUUGUUCCUUACCGACAAGUUGAUGGAGAAAACGACAUGGAUGUACAUUGCUUUUCCAGUUUUGUUAUACGCCGGAGAAAGGAUCUUUCGAGCCAUUAGAUCUGGAUCUUACGAAGUUGAUAUUUUGAAGGCAAGUCUAUAUCCAGGAAAAGUUUUGUACCUCAAAAUUCAAAAACCAGAAGGUUUUAAGUUCCAAAGUGGCAUGUAUAUAUUCCUUCAGUGCCCCCAAAUUUCGCCCUUUGAAUGGCAUCCGUUUUCCUUGACUUCAGGACCACGAGAUGAUUACCUCAGUGUGCACAUUAGAACACUCGGAGACUGGAGCUACCAAAUAUAUGCUCUAUUCCAAGAGGCGGUGUUAUCACGAUCACAAGGGUGUCCAAAACUGUACAUAGAUGGCCCUUAUGGCUCUGCUGCUCAAGACCAUGUAAAGUAUGACAUUCUGGUACUAAUUGGUCUUGGCAUAGGAGCCACACCUUUCAUUAGCAUCCUUAAAGAUGUAGUUAAAAGUGUCCAGACAACGCAAAUUGAUGAUAGUGGUCUCAGAAAAUGCAGCUUAACAAAGGGUCCAUUAAAAGCAUAUCUUUAUUGGGUUACAAGAGAGCCAAACUCUUUUGACUGGUUUAGAGAUGUCAUGAAGGAAAUCUCAAAUUCAACCAAAAAGCAGUCGGUUGUGGAGAUGCACAAUUUCCUGACCAGUGUACAUCCAGAAGGAGAUAUUCGUUCAGCUUUGCUAAGUGUGAUUCAGGCCUUGCAUUUUGCCAAGAAUGGCACUGACAUAGUUUCCAGGACUCCAAUACACACGCAUUUUGCUCGACCAAAUUGGUUCAACAUAUUUUCUAGAUUGGCUCGCAAGCAUGGAGGAGCUAAGAUUGGGGUUUUCUAUUGCGGCCCAUCUAAAUUAGCAAGAGAGUUGAAGAAGUUAUGCACCAAAUUUUCCACCAAAACCACAACUAGAUUUGUUUUCCACAAGGAAAACUAUUAAACUUGUUUCUGAAGCAACGAUAACCAAUUCCUUAAUUAGGAAACCAGGGUUACCUUAAGAAUCUUGGGCAGUUUCCUUUUAUUUCGCCAGAGAAUCUGUAUAUAUAUUUGCUGCUCUGGUGUCUCAUACAUACCAACUUUAAGGAGUGGUUCAGCAAUUGACAAAAUGAAAGAUAAUACGUCAGUCACAUUGAUCGUUGUAACUUGUAAGUUGAGUAUCUAUCCAUGUUAUUUCUGUAUUUCCUAUACACCUCAGGUAGCAAACCAUACUUUUAGGAGAAGUAUAAAUGAUGAAUAAAUUUUAAUAAGUACGACAGUGACUAUUCUAUUUAUUACAACCAUACUUUGUAAUUA